AUGGCCGCGGGGCACGUGUCGGCACUCCUGUUGUCCCUCUUGCUUGCCUUGCUCUGGCAGGCAUCGGCUGAUUGUAGCACCUUCAGGGUGACAGAUGUGGCUGCCUCUCGGGGGGCCCUCGCAUUCCUUGACAGCGGCGGCACGGUCACUGCUUACGGCUCCGGUUCUUACGGGGGAAAUGCGCCCAGCGAGGUGUCAUCGGAUGUGGUUGCCAUCUCUUCCACGAACAUUGGCUUCUCAGCCAUCAAGUCUGAUGGGUCGCUUGUGACAUGGAGUGAUAUGCAAGGCUCUGCGGCUAGUCAACUUACCUCCGGCGUGGUCUCGCUCGUGGGAGGCGAGCAGGCUCAUGCCGUAUUGAAGUCCGAUGGCUCCGUGGUGACUUUCGGCUCGUCGUCUUGGGGGGGCGAUUCGAGUUCAGUCUCGAGCCAACUUGCGAGUGGUGUUGUCUCCCUGCAUGUCGCACCAACUACCGGCAGAGGAUUCGCCGCACUCAAAAACGAUGGGUCUGUGGUGACAUGGGGUUCAAGUGGCUCCUGGGGAGGUGAUUCCGCUUCUGUAGCCAGCGACUUGGCAAGUGGUGUUGAAUACGUGUUCGCCGCGACCUACCUUUUCACCGCCCUGAAGGGUGAUGGCACUGUGGUGACUUGGGGUGUUGAGAGCCAAGUGAUCAGCAACUUCGCAAGCGACAUCAACGUGUCUUCAGUCGUCAACACAUAUUUCUCCUUCGCUUCACUCAAGUCGGGUGCCGUGGUAACAUGGGGAUCAGCAUCCAAUGGUGGAGAUUCAUCGUCGGUGGCAAGCCAGCUGACGUCCGAUGUCGUCUCGGUCGUGGGCAGCGGAGCGGCCUUUGCUGCCGUGAAAUCUGAUGGUUCGGUCGUGGUGUGGGGGAACUCGGGCUAUGCAGGUGAUUCGAGUUUGGUUGCUAGCCAACUCAGCAAUGUGGUUGCAGUCUUUGCUGGAGAGAGGGUAUUUGCUGCCGUGAAGGCAGAUGGCUCUGUGGUGACGUGGGGGGACACCGGAAGGGGUGGCGACUCCAGCUCAGUAAGUGGUCAGCUGACCAACGUGGCAUCCGUCGUUGGCUCCAGCCACGCCAUGACCGCUUUGAAAUCGGAUGGCUCGGUCGUGACAUGGUCGGAUCCGUCCAGUGAUUUUUGGACGGGGGCCGGAAGUUUUGACUCCGUCGCGGGCGACCUCACUUCCGGAGUUGUCUCCCUUCAUGCUACAUGGGAUCCUUACAAUCAGGGUUGGUGGGCUGCUGUAAAGAAUGAUGCAACCAUCGUGCUAUGGGGCCUCUAUGGACAGACCGGGUCCUUAGUCAUCAUUGGCCGGCAUUCAUAUGCGACCUUGAACAUGGAUGGCAGUGCGUCCACCUGGGGAGGCCAAGGAACCUCUCCCACACUUUUUCCAGCGGCUGCAAGCCUGGCUUCGGGUGUCCGAAGCAUCGAGGUCCAGAAAGACUGGGAUCGCUGGCUCGCGUUGAAGGAGGACGGCAGUGUCGUGUCAUGGGGUUUCGAGGUGCCAUCGGAAUGGCACUCCGGAGUGGUGCAAAUCGCGACGAAUGCAUUCCACGUGGCGGCAGUCAAGGAUGAUGGCAGUGUCAUAUGUUAUCCAGCCGGCACUUAUGGAGGCAACUGUGGUGAGUUCGCCAUAUCCAAUGUGGUCAGCAUUGUUGGCUCUUACAUCACUUUCGGCGCCCUCACCUCCACAGGCGCAGCGCUGUCCUGGGGUCACCCAGGCUAUGGUGGCUACACCGAGAAGCCAUCAGGCGUCGCCGAGUCCGACAUGAUUGACAUCAAGGGAAAUCACGCCGCAUGGUGUGCCCUGAGCUCGUUGGGCGCAGUGUCCUGCUGGGGAUAUGGCCCCGGCCAUUCCAUGGGAAGUGCUUCUGCAGAGCUGACGAGCGGGGUUGAAUUCAUAGUGGCCCCCGUGUGGUAUACAGUCACCACUGGCUUUGCUGCGGUGAAGUCGGAUGGCCGAGGAGUUGUGUGGGGCUUACAUACCGACUACAGUGUGAACCCGAUCAUACGGGACAAUGUGAAGAGCGUCACGUUCGGAGAGAAAGCGGCCGCAAUCCUUUACAUCGAUGGGACUGUGGAGACUACUGGGCGCAGCGACUAUGGUGGCGACUCUUCCUCUGUGUCCUCCCAGUUGGUGAAUGUGGUCACUAUCUACUCUACUUAUGGGGCAUUUGCUGCAUUGAAGAGCGAUGGGAGUGUGGUGACUUGGGGCAACAGCGGCUUCGGCGCAGAUUCCAGCGCUGUAGAUCUGUCUUGCUGUGUGCGGGACAUCGUCUCCACAAGAAACGCUUUUGCAGCAUUGAAGAACGAUGGCAGUGUUGUCUCCUGGCCCUGGGCUCCUGACGGUAGCGUUGAUGUUUCCUCAGGAGUCAUGGAGAUCUAUUCCGGUGUGGAGUCAGAUAGAUCUUUUGCAGCGGUGAAGGAGGACGGCACCGUGCAGAACGGCCUUGUGGUGGACGACAACAACUUCGACAACUUCAAGCAUGACAACUCUGACAUCUUCGUCUUCGACGGCCACAACGACGACGAACACUGCCACCACUUCGACGGGUCACGCUGCGGCGAUGUGACCAUACACAUCGGCGACGGCAUUGCAGUUGCCUUGUACUCUACCGGGUAUGCUGCUGCGUGGGGCACGUGGUACGGAGGCAUCGACAGCUAUCUUGAGUCAGGCGUCCAGAGUAUAGUCAUGGGGCGCAAAUCUUUUGCAGCAGUCAAAUCAGAUGGCACCGUUGCAACCACGGGCCAGUACUACUUCAGCCAGAGCGACUUGGAAGCUGGCUUGGGCUGUUGUGUGACCAAGGUGGUUGGCAGCGGGUGGGGAUUUGCUGCUUUGAAGAAUGAUGGCAGCGUCUACACGUGGGGCCAAGCCGUGGAAAGCGACCCCCCCGCGUCCGUGAAUCUCUCUGCAAACGUGGUUGAUGUUGUGCCCAACAGUGCUGGCUUUGCUGCCACCAAAGCUGAUGGCAGCAUCUUGACCUGGGGCAGAGCCGGGGCCCAUGAGCCGGGAUCCGUGGACUUGUCAAACGUGGCACAGAUUGUGGGAGGAGACUGGGCCUUUGCCGCGCUGAAGCAUGACGGCUCGGUUGUGACAUGGGGCAGUGGCAGAGGUGGCGACUCCAGUUCCGUUGCCGCCGAACUGGCUUCAGGCGUUCUGUCCAUUCAACCUCCGAAAGCCGAUUGGUCACAACGUGGCUUCGUUGCUUGGAAGGCUGGCAACACAGCUGUGAUCUGGGGCUACAACACGGAGGGAACCCACAUCGCACUGCCAUCCCAGGCGAUCUCGGAUGUGAAGAAGGUAGAGAUCACGUGGUACAGUGUCGCAGUGUUGAAGAACGACGGGACUGUGAUCACCGCCGGCCGGUCAGACGAGACAAGGAGCUUUGCGGAUUCAAGCAGCGUUGCAGCGCAGCUGGUCAACGUCGUUGACAUUGUGUGUCCAGCCUACGCAUGUGCAGCGCUCAAGGUCGAUGGCACGGUUGUCACUUGGGGCUAUGCCGACUGGUUUGGAACGAGCCGAAGGCUUUCAAGCACCCCGAGUGAAGUCACCAACAUCCAGAAGAUAUAUGGGUCGUUUUACUCUUUCGCAGGGCUGAAGGUGGAUGGAAGUGUGGUUGCUUGGGGUCGGAGUGACCAUUCCGCGUACGGCACAGAUUUCAGGUAUCCCAAAAGCAGCACUGAGAGUGAGGUCCAGUCAGAUGUCGUGGAGAUUUACGCGGAUGCAGCGGCAACUGAGGGAGGCGGAGCGUUCAUUGCAGUCAAGCAGGACGGCAGCGUGGCUGUGCUGGCUGCUGAAGUUUCCCAGGCAGUACGGGCGCUGGAGUUCAGCAAGGCUCGCUCGGUGGAUAGAGUCUUCCAAAAGUUGGCAGAGAUGAAGGAUGUAAUGCUCCAGUGGAACGACACCCAAACGAGCAAUACUGCCAUCUUCGAGCUCAUCACAAGGGCCGAGGAUGGCUCGGAGAUCGCGACCUACGCCUACCGCGUGACCGAUCGAUCCAUCGAGGUCUCCUUCGAAGAGGUGGUGAUCGAUCUGCCUGUGGUAUUCCUCCAAGACUUGCAAGAAGCUUCGGAUGAUCCCAUCGUCCUCAGCCUGGCCACAGUGCACAAUGGCUCCUAUGCCUAUCAGGUUAUGAAGAAAACCGGCGAGAUGGAGAAGCUGCAGAUGCUGGUGGAGCCAGUGAGCAUGACCUUCUACGGCAACAAUGGGACAAUCACGGAGAUCGAUUCUGAAGCCCCCGUGGAACUGAGCUUCAAAGUUGAUUCCGCAGAGCCACUCCUGGCCCGGGCAGAGUGCGCCUUCUGGAAUGCCAUCCAGAACCGCUGGGAGCGGACAGGAAUGAAGCUGGCUGGCGCCGAGAAUGGCACAGCCACCUGUGAAAUCAGGUAUGACCAGCUGCCAACUCUCGUGGAGAAGACCCAAGAGGUUUCCGCCAUGACCCCUCGGAAGCCCAGUCUCUUCGGGCUGAUCGCGAGAACAUUCCUGGACACGUUCGCCUGCUCAUUGGCUGCUUCAAUCUAUUCCUUGGAGGGCCUCGCGUCACUGGUGCGGUCAUCCGACUGGGUUCUACGCCCAGCAGCCCUGACCACCUGGACAAUCCUGGUUGCGGCUGUAGGGCUGCUACUUGUUGCGCACAGAUCUGAUCGCAAGUAUGAGAAGCACCUGGAGAUGCUGUUGAGCAAGGAGACUGCCCGCCAAAUGCUGAUGGAGCAGGCCAAGAAAGAGUUUGUCCUUUUCCGCAGGUUUCGCGAGCUCCGAGCUCAGAAGCUUCACGAUGAAGCGACGAAGAGUGUGCACUGGAGCAUCAUCCGAGCGCGGCUCGGUGUGGACUCUGAUUUCUUGCGCUCUCUGUAUGAGGUCAGUGGGCAAACGGCCCUGCACAGGCAAGCACGUGAGCUGCUAGAGGACUUCUACAACCAUGGUGUGUUCCAGCAAGUCUUUAUUCUGUACCGCAGUUGCUGCCAGUGGCUUCAAGUUCUUGAACCUUCGCUGAGGGUGACGUGCUUGGAGCGAAGCGCUGUUGCGCUGUGUAAGCUCAUGAGUGGCUUCGGAGUUGCCGCAGUCUUCUAUAACCAGGGCUCUGUAGCAACAGGGCAGCAAGGAUGUGAUUUUGGGAGAGAUCCUCUUGUCACAAUCAUUCGCAGCGCAGUGGUGUGCUUGGUUUCCUCUGCUGUCGGACUGCUGCCGUUCCUGGUGCUGAUGCCACUUUUCGAGAAGCUCCGUAGCUUUGAGCUCAAAAUGCGUCACAUUGUGUUCUGGACCUUCACCUCAGUCUACUUCCUCUUCUGCCUCCUCACUGUCUGCAUCUUCCACGCAAGUGUCAGUAAUGUGGAUGGACUGGAUUGGGCGAUUUCAGCUUUGCUGAGCCUGCUAUUCUCCCUUAUCAUGACACCUCUGAUGAUGGCUGCUGCGCUUCGACUCCUACUGAGCAGCACGACCAGCGACUUGGACGAGCACCUCCCAUUCCAUCCACACAACGACGACUGCUACAAGGUCACAUUGCAGAAGAUGUCAAUUUCAGGCAACAGUCUGUUGAAGCACCUUGCAAGCAAUUCUUCGACAACAUUGUGUGCCCGGUGGGAAAUCGCGGGUCAUCCCGAAACAGCUGCAAUCUCCGAUGUGCACACAGAAGACGGCGAUGGAGAGAUCGUCCUGGAUGGCGUUAUGCCGCAUCAUGCAGUCCUCGUUUCCGUCUACGCCAACUCGGGGGCCAUGCGUCUGCUGGGCAACUCUGUCCUCCCCAGCAAGGCAUUCCUCGAGAAUGGUUUUGAGGGACAUCUGCCACUGCUCCGAAACGGUAAGCCACUGCAAGACGCUCAUGUCGGCGUGCUGAUUGCACCACCUGUGCAUAGUCAGAUACAGCACGUGCCCGUCAGGGGUCGCAGCAGCAUUCGACUGACCAUCGAAGGUAGUGGCAUCAGGGCUUUCGACCUGGACUCAGUCGAGCAGUGUGAGGAUGCAGGCAUCAGCUUCUACGAUGACAUUUUCGGCGAGGCUGAUUUCCAACAACACUGCGAGGCCCUGGGUAUCGAUUUCGACUCGGAGUCAGAGGGAGAGGAUCAAGACCCGGCGUCCGAGGGCUUUGCAGUCAUCCCCGGUCCGGAUGUCACUCGUCCGAUAAAGGUGGUCAAAGAGCAAGCCUACCUCGUCGGAGAUCCUGUGCUUGUCUUCCAAAAUGGAAAGCUCUUGUCAGGGAGCGUGGCAGACCCCGCAUCUGGAUCCGGUUGCGCGACCGUCCUGAUCAAGGGCCAGCUUCAAAACCUCCUCAUCAGCAACCUCAUGCCGGCGUUCGAGCACUCGGACGAUGUGCAAGUGCAAGUCGAGCAUGGCGGACGGCAAGAGUGGAGGGCCGGCCGAGUUCUUUCCGAGGUCUCUGACGGUUUCCGCGUGGAAUGUGGGGCAGAAAUCGCGACUGUGCCGCCAGAGAUGCUGAGGCGCCACUUCACUGAAGGCACAACUGUUUGGGUCUAUCAAACUAGCAGUUGGAGGCAGGCCGUUGUGGCUGCGACCGUUGUGGAGCAAGCGCUUGAAGAUCGUUUGGACCAACGCUGUCGUGUUAUCUUGACGGAGUCAGAUGAGGAGUUGUCCGUGCCGACCUGGCGAAUAAAAUUCCGAAACACUUGCAGUAUGUGA